UAGUGAAGUGAAGUGAUUUCAAGUUUAAGCUUAGUUUGUAGUGCGCGUUUUGAUCGUACAAGUGGUUCAGUAUGGUGCAUCUAGUGUCCUGGAGAUGCACAUUCUCCUUCCCAGUGUUGGUAGUACUGUUUCUAGCCUCGACACCGACUCAUUCGGUUAAUCUCGACGAGGGUGCAUUCUCCAAGCAUGCCUCGUACGAUCCUUGCUACGAUGAGGAUCGUCCACGGCGCUGUCUGCCGGAUUUUGUCAAUGCCGCGUUUGGCAUGCCGGUGGUAGCGUCCUCCACCUGCGGCCAACGAUCGCUGGAGCGGUUGUGCGAUGUACAACAGGUGCGGCCACGCUGCCUCCAGUGUGACGAUGGCAACCCGCGCAAACGAUACCCACCUUCCGCGUUGACCGAUGUAAACAACUCCAACAAUGUGACCUGCUGGCGCUCCGAACCGCUUCGAUCACCCGCGUCCAUCAACGAUCCACCGGACAACGUGACGCUGACACUGUCGCUCGGCAAGAAGUACGAGCUGACGUACAUCAGCCUAACGUUCUGCCCGGGCACCAUCAAGCCGGACUCGAUCGCGAUUUACAAGAGUGCGGACUUUGGCAAAUCGUGGCAGGCGUUCCAGUUCUAUAGUUCCCAGUGCCGGCGGGUAUAUGGAAGACCUAAUCGUGCCACGAUCACGCGGGCCAAUGAGCAGGAGGCACGCUGUACCGAUGCACAUCGGCAUGGAGGCGAAUUGGGUGUUGGUGGAACUGGAUCUAGUGUUUCGCGGAUCGCUUUCAGCACGCUUGAAGGACGACCGUCCGCACCCGAUUUCGAUUCGUCCCCUGUGCUGCAGGAUUGGGUCACUGCUACUGAUGUGCGGAUCGUGUUCCACCGUCAUCAGAUGCCACCGGAGGAUUCGUUUGAAGAUCCUUGGUAUCUGUUGCACAGUUCCGCCCAGGUUCCAGCAUCCUUCCGUCGACAGCCACGCGAACUGGCGGAAUCGCUAGAGGACGAGCAAAACAGCUCCGUGCAGGAGGAAGUCAUCGCGUCCACCACGCCAGACUACCAGUCUGAGGAGGCACCACAGGUGCGAUCACAAUCAAACGCUUCGGAAGCCGCAAACUCAUCCAUCAAACCACCUGCGGAGGUGAUUGGUGUCGGGCAUCGGUCUGGAACAUCCGCUCGUCAGCAACCUCCGCAUCACCAUUACGCGGUGUCCGAUUUUGCUGUCGGUGGACGCUGCAAGUGCAAUGGGCAUGCGUUCCGUUGCAUCCCGAUCGGGAAGGAUGGGGAGGUGAGCUGCGACUGCAAGCACAACACCGCCGGACGUGAUUGCGAGCGCUGUAAGCCGUUCCACUUCGAUCGUCCAUGGGGGCGCGCUAAUGCCCGCGAUGCCAACGAAUGCAAAGCCUGCAACUGUAACGGGCACGCUCGCCGCUGCCGUUUCAACAUGGAGCUGUACAAGAUGUCCGGCCGGAUAUCCGGCGGCGUGUGCCUAAGCUGUCGGCAUGCGACCACCGGCCGUCACUGUCACUACUGCCGCGAAGGCUUCUACCGGGACGCAACCAAACCGAUCAGCCAUAGAAAGGUUUGCAAAGCCUGCGACUGUCACCCGAUUGGAUCGUCCGGCAAAACGUGCAACCACACAACGGGCCAAUGUCCGUGUAAGGAUGGCGUUACGGGGCUUACCUGUAACCGGUGCGCCCGCGGCUACCAGCAGAGUCGCUCACACAUCGCUCCAUGCAUCAAAAUUCCGAGAGUUAUCAAUAUGGUACAUUCGCAAAAUACGGCACCGGAAGAGCAUCACCAGUACGCGGUUAGUAGUGGUAACCAUGAGCCGGACGCACCCACCUACCGGAUGCAUGCCGGACGGGAGUGCGGAAAGUGCAAAAUCAGCACAAAGCGGCUAAAUCUAAACAAGUUUUGCAAAAGAGAUUACGCAAUAAUGGCCAAAGUGACCGGAAAGGACACGAAACCCGACAACGGAAUCACGAAAGGCAGCACCGGCAGCAGCAGCAGCAGCGGCCCCACCAACCAACACCCGUACCAGCACCCGUACCAACCACCCCCGCAACGGUACCGAAGCUCACCACCAGAGGACGCCGCGGUCCAGUUCCAUCUAAGCGUGCAAAAGGUGUUCAAGCGAAGCCGCAAUCCCGCCAGCCCGCUCGCCAAGGCGUCGAAAUGGUCGGACGUACCGUACAUCGUCAGCGCGCACGAUCUGGACUGUCGCUGUCCAAAGCUCAAAGUGCAUAGAUCCUAUCUGAUCCUGGGCAACGAUUCCGAGGGACCAACGGGGAUGUUGGGGGUUGGACCACGCUCCAUACUGAUCGAGUGGCGCGAUGAGUGGCAUCGACGAUUGAGAAAGUUCCAGCGGCAGGCGGUCCGGACCUGUCACUGA